AUGUCGCUGCCGGAAGAUAUGGUGGCCGAGAUCCUGAGCUGGUUGCCGGUGGAAUCAUUACUGAGAUUCAAGUGCGUCUGCAAGAAUUGGCGCCAUCUCCUCCACCAAGAUGACUUCGUCGAAAAGCAUUAUCGCCGCGCCGCCAUGUGUUUCUACUAUCCUCAUCUUAACUGCAUAAAUCAGCUCACUGUGUUUGAGUGGCCGAUUCCUCAUAUCCUUAACGAUGCAGAAUUCUCGUGUAUUGAUGUACAGAAAGGGUUACUGUUAGAGCACGAGCAUUGUAAAGAUUCCACGGAAAGGCUUCGCAUAAGGAAUCCGGCUACGAGGCAAACGGUAUACUUGCCGGAUCUCCGUGUCGGCGAUGAUUCGCCGACUUGGGUGGUGGCCAGAAUGUUCUUCGUCGCAAAAAGUAUCAACGAAUGCACGGUUAUAAGUUUCUCGGAGUCGAAAGAAUCAGUUUUGUUGGGACGAUUUAAAGCAUUAACAGUGGGCGUUGAUGCAACGUGGAGACCUCUCAAGAAUUCCCAACCCAACUCUAUACACUACAUUAGCAGCGCCGGCGGAAAGUCCAAGAUAUACGCUCUUAGUAUUGAAAAUGUUUUCUAUGUCGUCACAUUAGAUGCCGACGACAAGAAAAUUCUGUGGGUGAACGCUGAGAAGGAGAGCAUUCAAACCAUUAAAAUCCCAGAAAAUCUCGUCCCAGAUUGGAGCUAUGUGACUCCAAGAGAAUGGAAUUCAAAUCUGUCUCUUUUCUACCAUAAGGGAGAUCAAAUCAACAUCUGGGUACUCAUGAAAAACAGCAAGAACGAUUGGGAUAAAUCCGUCAAUGUUGCAACUUUUACCUUAGAUUAUCAAAUCUCGGUCAUAUUAGAGGAAAAGAAAAUAUGGCUCUGGGGGAAUAAUUACGGGAAACGGUGGAGGGUUCCAUGGGUUUGUAAGGAGCAACUCAGCGUUAAACCCACAGUUUUACAGCUAAAAGGAAUGCAAUCGGACAAGGUUGAAGAAGCAAUGGGCGCACUUAUUUGGAAGAAAAGAGAUAUGCAAAAGACCACCUUGCAAAUUAUUUCUGUAAUUUCGCUAGUACGUAUGUGA